AUGGAUCAGCAAUCGGUCUACUCGACCCAUGUCUACGACUACAACAACGAAAACGGCGACGACUCGCGCGUCAAGACACAAAGAGACCUCGAAGAUUUUGUGCUCAAGUUCCGCCUCGACAACAACUUUGUCUACAGAGACCAGCUCAAGGAGAAUGCACUCCUCAAGAAAUUCUACUGCGACGUCGACAUUGGCGACUUGAUCAAGUACAAUGAAGAGCUGGCGCACCGGCUGGUGACAGAGCCCGCGGAGAUCAUUCCCCUAUUCGAGAGUGCCCUCAAGCGUUGCACGCACCGAAUUGUCUUCCCCCACCAGCAGAAAGUCGACUUGCCAGAACAUCAGCUUCUGCUCCACUCUAGCGCUGAGGAGGUAGCCAUCCGCAACCUUGACUCGCUCACAAUCGCUCGCCUGGUGCGAGUCCCGGGAAUUGUCAUCGGCGCCUCUGUCAUGUCCUCCAAGGCCACAAAGCUUGCCGUGCGAUGCCGUAGCUGCGGCUUUAAUCUUCCCAUCAGCGUGACCGGUGGAUUUAGCGGCGUGACGCUACCCCGCCAAUGUGGCCGGGUGCGGACCAAGGACGACACGUCGGACAAGUGCCCGCUCGACCCAUACAUUGUGAUGCACGAAGACUCCGAGUUUGUUGACCAGCAGGUCAUUAAGCUGCAAGAGGCGCCCGACCAGGUACCUGUCGGUGAGCUGCCUCGCCAUGUGCUUAUCUCAGCCGACCGCUACCUCACAAACCGCGUUGUGCCCGGCUCGCGCUGCACAAUCACUGGCAUUUUCUCCAUCUACCAGAACAAGAGCUCGACCAAAGGUGGAAGCGGAAACACAGGUGGCGCUAUUGCCAUUCGGACCCCGUACCUACGUGCUGUCGGUAUUCAGACCGACAUCGAUCAGACUGCCAAGGGUAGCGCCAUCUACACAGAAGAGGAAGAGCAAGAGUUCUUGGAACUGAGCCGGCGGCCUGACCUGUACAACGUCAUGACCGACUGCAUUGCGCCGUCGAUUUACGGCAACCGUGACAUUAAGAAGGCCAUCCUCUGUCUUCUGAUGGGCGGCUCCAAGAAGAUCCUGCCGGACGGCAUGAAACUGCGUGGUGACAUCAACGUGCUGAUGCUAGGUGAUCCCGGUACAGCCAAGUCGCAGCUUCUCAAGUUUGUGGAAAAGGUCGCACCGAUUGCCAUCUACACAUCCGGCAAGGGCUCGUCCGCAGCAGGUUUGACGGCCUCGGUGCAGCGUGAGCAGUCGACGCGCGAAUUCUACCUGGAAGGUGGUGCCAUGGUGCUUGCCGACGGCGGUGUGGUCUGUAUUGACGAGUUCGACAAGAUGCGCGACGAGGACCGUGUGGCAAUCCACGAAGCCAUGGAGCAGCAGACCAUCUCUAUUGCUAAGGCUGGUAUCACGACCAUUCUCAACGCCCGGACAUCCGUGCUGGCAGCGGCCAACCCCAUCUUUGGUCGUUACGACGACAUGAAAACUCCCGGCGAGAACAUUGACUUUCAGACGACGAUUCUGUCGCGUUUUGACAUGAUCUUUAUUGUCAAGGACGAGCAUGAGCGUGGCAAGGACGAGCGUAUGGCCAAGCACGUCAUGGGCAUUCAUAUGGGUGGCCGGGGCGUGGAGGACCAGACCGAGUCUGAGAUCCCCGUGGAGAAGCUGCGGCGGUACAUUAGCUACUGCAAAACACUGAGUGCCGAGGCAGCCGAGAAGCUGUCGUCCCACUUCGUGUCAAUUCGUCGGCAGGUGCACGCGGCCGAGCUCGAGGCGAACGCGCGGUCGAGCAUUCCGAUCACCGUUCGUCAGCUGGAGGCUAUUGUGCGCAUCACGGAGUCGCUGGCCAAGCUGACACUGUCGCCGAUUGCGACCGAGCAGCACGUCGACGAGGCCAUUCGUCUGUUCCUAUGCUCGACUAUGGAUGCCGUCAACCAGGGCAGCCAGACGGGCAUGGGCGCCAGCAACAACGGCGGCGGGUCGGGCAUUUCGUCGGGUGCUGGUGCUGGUGGUGCGGCGGCCCGUGAGCUGUACCAGGAGGCGUCGCGCGUGGAGGCGGAGCUGAAGCGGCGUCUGCCGAUCGGCUGGAGCACUAGCUUGGCCACGCUGCGACGAGAAAUGGUUGAGGUUCGCGGAUUCAGUGAGCAGGCCCUCAACCGGGCACUCAUGCUGCUGCAACGGCGCGACACGAUUAUGUUCCGCAACCAGGGUGCGCAAGUGUACCGGAACGGUGCAUAG